AUGCGGGAAAGCGUUCGACGAGUCCACAAUGGCAGUGAUCAAGCUCCAGGAGGAGGCCCUCCACGACCAGGUGGCGGUCCUCCUCUCGCCAUCAUAGGUGGUGGCCCUCCGCGACCCGUGAAAGCUCCUGGCGGCGGCCCCCCCAUAGCAGGCAUACCCGGUGGUGGUCCUCGCCAGCCUCCCGGGGGCGGAGGAGGCAUACCGCGGCCCAUCCCGCCCAUUGGCGUCCCGCCCAUUGGUGGACCGCCUCCGCCUGGGGGAAGAGGAGGCUCGCUCAUUUCGCUGCCCGACACGUACGACUGGGCACUCGAACCACCACCACCCCUACCGCUUGAAGAUCGGCCGGAUUUAGAUCUGGAGCUGCGACUGCUUCUCGAACUAUCUCGCGAUUUGCUUGACUGGGGCAAUGAUGACGACCGCGACCACUGCGCCGAUGAUACCGCCAAUUGCAUCUUGGCUCAAACCCCCCGUUUGUCCAGCGGGCUCGACGUGGCUGGGGUUGUCGGUGGGAUAGGAGGAACCGAGCGUGAGGGUGAUAAAGAUGGUAGAGCCGGAAUUGGUGAUGGUUUGAGUACGAAGGGGUUUAUCACUUUCAUCGACCGCAGCUCGUGGUGCAAGGGUUGGAGUCAACACGGCCAUGUCGUGUGA